UUUGAAUCUUGCGAUUCCGUCAGCUGUAGCAGAACAAAGCUAUGGUAUAGCAAAUUUUUUGCAUGUCUGAGUUCUUCCGUUGAUUCGAGUUCCGUUUUCAAUUUCUCUCCAUCGAUUUCUCUUUGGUGCGUUUCUUUCCCGCAGUCGGCGCUCUUCAACUUCCAUUCGUUUCUCACCGUUGUGCUGUUGGUGAUUUGUACUUGCACUUACGUGAAGAUGCACUUCCCAGCCAUACUUGAACACAAAACAGGGUUCGUGCUUGCUGUUACCCUCUCUACAUUCUGUUUCGUGGUUUCUUCUGGAAGGCAGCAAGAAUAGGUGAACGUCUGAGUCUGUGGAUGGCAGCAGGAUGCUUUGGGAUGGGUCUUUCAAUCAUAUUUUUUUGAGCAAUGAACUUUGGGCCUUUGUAUUCAGAAACCGAAGCGCAAGCAGUCCAAGAGAGUCCAUGUCCAAGCCCAUGUUCGUCGAUCCAGGAACCGCGACGGCGAUCAAGAAAUCAGCCGUUAAAGCCUCCUGCAUUCUGCUGGUCCGGAGCCUCAGCUGCGGCGGCGGCGGUGGCAAGAAGAAGCGCAGCCGUCGCCACGACUUGACGCAGCAAUAUGUAAGAUGCAUACAAGAAAAGAAACCAUAUAUAGUCAUUGUAAGAAAGAAAGAAACAAAUAUUGUUCAUUUGCUUUGCUUGUGAGUUGUGAUAUCGAUUUUGGGCUUUCGUCAAUUUGCUUUUCUUUUUAAUGG